UGCACUCAUUGUUGCCUCAGAGCGAGCGACCAGCCGUAGUGUGUGUGUGCGCUUGGGCCUGACUGUAAUGACUAAAAGCAUCAGACGCCUCAGCUGUUGAUACAGCCCGAGAGUGUGUGUGCGUGUGUGUGUGCGUGUGUGCACGCAAGAGAGAGAGAGAGAGAGAGAAAGAGAGACAGUGAGAGAGAGAGCGAGAGCAAGAGAGAGCGCGUGAGCGAGCGAGGGAGUGUGAGAGAAGUGCAAAAAAGGGAAGAAGGGAAGAAGGCGGCAAAUAAAGGAAGGAUACUACAAGCAUGCUGUGCUGUAUAAGAAGAACAAAGCCGGUGGAGAAGACCGAAGAGGCUGACCAGGAGAUCAAGCAAGAUGGCACCAAACCAGAAGACAAAGCCCACAAGGCUGCCACCAAGAUCCAGGCAAGCUUCCGCGGACACAUAAUCCGGAAAAAAAUGAAGGAUGAUGACAAGGAGGAGGACAGUCCUGCUGCUGAGGCCAAGGCUGAGGAAAAUGAGGGAGAGAAGAAAGAGGAGGAGAAAGCUGCUUCUCCCACCGCGGAGAAACAAGACGAAGCUGCCAAGGAGGAGGAAAAGGCCAAAAGUCCCACUAACUCUCCAGCAGCAGAGGACAGCAAGGCUGAAGCUCCUGCCACCUCCCCUUCAGAACCUAAACAGGAUGUGAAGGAGGAACCAAAGGAAGCAGAGAAGCCUAAAGAAGCAGAAAAUGCCGAAGUCGAGGCUGAGAAUGUAGAUGCGGAGAAGAAGGAGGAAGAAAAGGAGGAGGAGAAAAAGGCGGAAGCCAAACAAGCCGACGUGCCUGCCACUGCUAGUGAGACAGCUGAUUGUGAAGCCGAAGUGAACCAAACGCAAGACAAACCAGAUGCUGCAGAAGACUCCGAGCAGGCAGAGGGCGGCGUUUCAGAGGCGGCGAAGGAGGAUGACAAGGCCGAGAGCGCUUAAAGAGAACCGCUGUUGUAACACGAUACCAGAUAAUUAAACGGUUGCUCUUUGCCCUCUGAUUGUGGAGACAGUCAGUUUUAAUUUGUUUGGUCCUAUAUAUUUUCUUUCGUGUGGCAAAAUGAUUUUCUUACAUCUUGGGGAGGGGU